UCAGCGCGGCGCGAGCUCUGUAAAUCCCCGCUGUCUCGUCCCACUUUUGGUUUGUUUGGCUUCCCAUACUGACCCUUGCAGUUGCAGACUGUUGCGAAGUGAACGUCAUCAGCGAGCGUCAAAAAUACCGUCGCAGCUACGCGCCAGAUUUCAUUGUCAUUCACUUGCAGUGAUUUCAUUCGUCAUGUGGCCUCUAUUUCGGAUCAUUGCGGAAUUGUGCACAUUGCUUGCUCAAAAUCGGUGUACAGACUAAGCCUUUGCCAUCUGUGUGACAUUACAUUCACCAGAUAUCUGAGUCUAAUUCUAACAAGGGCACACAAGUGGACAACCUUACAGCUUUCUCGCCCCCUGCGCUAUGAGCAGCGGUAGAGGAGGGACUAACAAAGAUUGUCAGCGAUUCACCCUCCCAAACCACCAGGGUCAACCUCUAAUUCACUCCACGUGCUAUACAACCACCAAUCACCCAAGGGGCCCUCGUGUCCCAAGCCCCAGUUCUGUAUAUGGAAGGUACCCUCAUCCUUCCUUUUACUCUUCUUACCCUGCUGCUAGUGUGCCUCAGCGCUGCCCUCUUUUUACCCACACUUCCUCAGAUCCACCCCUGUGGGCAUCCAGCCAGCACAACACUGAUCAAAUCUCUGACUCAAAUUGUGUGAGCUUCCAGCAACACCAAGUGCAGUUCCUCAGGGGAGAGCGUGCACAGGCUCCCCAGUUCAAAGCACUCCAACAGCACUCCCAAACCUCCAGCCGAGGGGAAGAAGGUGCCACUGGGCCUUUCCAGUACCAAUCAGGUUAUUGCAACUUUGAAAGGAGAGAGGGCUAUAGCCGAGACAGGGCUAACUGGCAAAGGGAACAGAACCUUGAAUAUACAUCUGGACCUAAGAGAAGGGCAGGGUGGAAUCACCCACACCAAAAGGGACAUAAUUAUCAGAAUCUAAAUGCAAAGCAAUACUGGAAGGCAGAUGAUGUGUCAGGUCUGUCCUCAGGCUUCCGUAGUCUGCGUUUAGAUGACCGGGUAACAAGGAUAGACAACUCUGACAACCUGUUGACCUGCAGCAACUUUGCCAGCAAGGUUUCUAGUUCAUCUGGCGCAGUCAGAGACUCUUUGUUUUUGACCUCUGAGAUCCAGAACCAGGUCCUCUCUUGUUUGACGUCACUCGGGCCAGACGAGAACCUUCAGGCCAAGGUCUUGGCCAGAAAACUCCAUCUGCCCAAGAAGGUUGUUAAUAGGGCCUUGUAUACUCUCUCAAAAUCAAACCAAGCAGUCAAACAAAGUGAGACUCCUCCUCUGUGGAGACUCCGUAAGGAAGAGGACAGUGAGCCCAUUAAAGGGAGAAACAGAGCAUGGUGUUCAAAGGACGCUGAGAAAUCCAAAAACCAGGAGACUAGAGCAGAUCGCAACAGCACUUGCUCAGAAGCACAGACCCUUGUUGAAGCUGUCAGUGAUACCAGUGACGAAUCGGAGGACUCAGAAGGUGACGAUACAUUGUUGCCUGACCUGGAUCAACAGACACUUUUACCUGCAGCACUGUCAGUAAGCUUGUCAAUAAUGGCAGAUCCUAAAGAAAGCAAAGAGCAGAUCCUACAGUACCUCUAUGAUUCAGGCACAGCCAGUGCACUUGUGAUCGCCAAGAACAUCGGCCUGCGGAGUGCCAAGCACACAAAUCCUACACUCUAUGCCAUGGAGAAACAGGGUGACGUAAGACGGAACACAGACAUUACACCACCUACCUGGGAGCUUAGUGCACACCGGCAAGAUAAGAUGGACCGCCAGCGGAAAGCUGCUGCACCCACAAAACAGGAUGUGAACAGUGCUCCGAUGUUGUACUCACCAGUUGAAGGGACUGCAAAUGUUGCUGCUGUUAAGUUAGUAGCUGCUGGUGGAGAUGUAGGGUUUUCGAGUGUUGCCAGCGAGUUUGCAGCUGCAGAGCCAAUGGACAGAGGUGACAGUCUAUUGACCAUGUUGGCUGAGGACAAGGACAAACUUUUUAGGAACACAUCACAUGACAUGCCUGGCCUUGAGCUGAUCUCCAGCAACCCCAGUGACUUGUCCUCCUCCACCUUCCCCUCCUACCAUCACCAUGAGUUUUCUUACUAUCAGGAUGUGGCUAGUAAUGGAGGAGAACGCUCGCAGUGGGCAUCUGACGAUAUUCCAGAGUUCCUCAACACAAUCAGGUCAGAGGUUGCUGUAUCGUUGGCUGCUCCCCCUCCGACCCAAAGCCUGGAGUCAAGCAAAUUACAAAAGUUAAUAGAGGCCCGCUCAAAGAACCCAGUCAGUGGGUUGAUCGAGUUUGCUCAGCACCUUGGAAGCACUUGUGAAUUCCUUCUGCUUGACCAGUCUGGACCCUCACAUGACCCCAGGUUUCGGAUGCAAGUCAUGUUAGACGGUCGCAGGUUUCCACCGAUUGAGGCAUCAAACAAAAAAGUGGCCAAAAAAGAUGCUGCAGCCAUUACCCUGAAGAUUCUUUCCAGGGAGAUGGAGGGAACAGGUGUAGAAGAAGAGGAAGACCAAUGCAUUGAGGGAGCUGAGUCAACUAUUGACUUGGCAGAUGAUACCCUUGGUGGUAAAGAUACUCUGCCCCAAGCUCUGUCCAGGUCUCUACCUGGAGGAAAGAAUCCUGUAUCUGUACUGAUGGAGCACAGCCAGCGAAGUGGGCACCCCGUCCAGUUUAUCAACACAGGACAGGAAGGGCCCCCCCAUGAUCCACGGUUUAUAUUCCAUGUAAUGGUUGGGGAGCGGCUCUUCCCAGAAGCCUCAGCACCCAGUAAGAAAGCAGCAAGGCAGCUUGCGGCGGAAGAGGCUGUGAAGGAACUAAUGGGAGAUGGGCAACUCCAUCUUAACAGGACUCCAGGUAAUUUCUGCCCACUGGGUGAAAGCGAGUCACAGCCAGCGAUGCCUGCAUGUCCCUCGCUACCCCCCCUGACGGCAGAAGAGCUCCAGGCGGCCCAUGAAGCUGGUGUGGGUGACCUCAUCAACCACCUGAACAACAAUGCUGUGUCCGGCCUGCUAGAGUACGCCCGUUCCCGUGGCUUCGCUGCUGAGAUCCGCAUGGUGGGCCAGUCUGGACCCCCACACGAGCCCAGGUUUACAUACCAGGCAAAACUGGGAGGCCGGUGGUUUCCAGCAGUGUGUGCUAGUAACAAGAAGCAGGGCAAGCAGGAGGCAGCAGAUGCCGCUCUACGAGUGCUUAUAGGAGAGGCUGAAAAAGCAGCACGUACUGGAGAGGUCACAACAGAGCUGCCAGUUUCAGGCAGUACACUGCAUGAUCAGAUUGCCAUGCUGAGCCAUCAGCGCUUUAAUGCACUCACAGCACGCAUCCAGCACAGCCUUCUGGGCAGAAAGAUUCUCGCCACCAUUGUAAUGAGGAAAGGAUCGGACAGUCUUGGGACAGUUGUCAGCCUUGGGACAGGAAACCGCUGCGUUAAAGGAGAGGAGCUGAGUCUUCGAGGGGACACUGUUAAUGAUUGCCAUGCAGAAAUCAUCUCCAGAAGAGGCUUAAUCCGGUUUUUGUAUGGCGAGCUUAUAAAGCACUGGGAAAGCCCUAACGAUGAGACUAUAUUUGAAGUGGCAGAAGAUGGCAAGCUCAAAAUCAAAUCUGGCAUCACCUUUCAUCUUUACAUUAGCACUGCUCCUUGUGGCGAUGGUGCUCUCUUUGAUAAGUCAUGCAGCGAGACCACCGAGGUGAAAAGUUCUGGACACAUGCCUCUCUUUGAGAACGUAAAACAGGGCAAACUCAGAACCAAAGUGGAGAAUGGUGAGGGUACCAUCCCCGUGGAGUCCAGUGCAAUUGUGCCCACCUGGGAUGGCAUUCAGCAUGGUGAGCGCCUGAGGACCAUGAGCUGUAGCGACAAGAUCCUUCGCUGGAAUGUGCUCGGCCUACAGGGGGCACUGCUUUCCCACUUUAUCCACCCUGUUUACCUGAGCUCCAUCACACUUGGGUACCUCUACAGCCAUGGUCACCUGACUCGAGCAGUAUGCUGCCGAUUGGCUAGAGAUGGGGAUGAGUUCAAAAGGAGUCUACCAGCAAACUUUACUCUCAACCACCCUGAGGUGGGCAGGGUAACAGUGUAUGACUCAACACGCCACACAGGUAAGACCAAAGAGUCGAGCGUUAACUGGAGUCAGCCAGACCAGCUCAGUGUGGAGGUACUGGAUGGUACCACGGGCAAAGUGGACAGCCACAAGAUGGAGGUAUCGCGGGUCUCCAAGUCCAAUCUGUUCCGUCUCUUCCAUGACUUGUGCCAGCAUGCAGGCCGAGCUGAUCUGCUGGCUUUGCCGUCCUAUGCUCACGCUAAAAUGGCUGCCACUUCAUUCCAGGAUGCCAAGAGGCUGUUCUUCCUGGCGCUAAACCAACAUGGAUAUGGCGCCUGGAUUGGGAAGCCCUUAGAAGAAAAAAGUUUUGAUGGAGAGGCCAGAGGCAUGGAUAGCGGGCAUGCAUGGGCUCCAGCCCUUUGGGCGAAGCAAGGCGGUGAUGUUGACCCUAAUAGUUGUUCUAGCUCAAACAACAACUUUCACUAAGGGCUAACAGGGGGAGAUAGGGAAGGUGGGUGGGGGAUUGGAUGAGUGGAGUGAAAGAGUGGCCAGCAGCAAGAGAGAAGGAAACUGAUUUGUGUGAAGAGUUGCUCUAUGUGGUGUAGGAGGAGGUUUAUCGCAUAGAGAGUGGGAGAACAGGGUAAGCCCUGUGGGUUUGGGAUUUGAACCUUGUCAUGACAAAGCAGAAAAUGGUGCCUCUGGCAACAGAACCACAAACCUAAUGCAAAUUAAGACAUGAUUAGUCAUGCGACAAUACAGUUCUAACAUUCUAAAACUAUAUUAAUUUUAGAAUGCUAUAACUAUGGGACUUAAUUGCAUGUGGGUUUCCCCUCUCUCUGUGUAAUUGUUACCAUUGCGACCAUCAGAAUACUGUGUCUCCUUACUGCAGUGCUAUAAUUGCAGUGAUCUUUUAAGUGAUAAUUCCCUCUUCCCUCAAGUCCUUUUGAGAGUCAUUCAAUACAUUUAGGUUAAGCACUUCUCAGUCAAUAAACAGGUUUUCAGAGAUGGCUUUGAUCAAGUCAAGUUUCUGAUGCUUAUCUCAUUAGAAUUCCUGAAAUCAGUAAAUGUUGGUUGCAAUGGCUCAUUUGUGACUUAUGGAGGUUUCAGUUUAUUGUGAUGUACCAGGUUUUGAUUUUAUCCACUUUUAAUUUCAUAUAGAUUACCUGUGUGCUCUAAUUCUGUGUAGGAUUAAACUGUGUCUGUGUUUAUCUAGCAUCAAAACAUUUUCUUUUUGCAAAACACUUUCUCACAGUAUGUGAAGUUCCACACACCCAAACUUGACUGCUUGAAAUAUAUACAUAAUGUACAUACAGAUACAUAUGCACACAAAUGUAUAUAUAAGGUCUAUUGUAUGAGUUUAUAUAUAUGUGUGUGUGUUUAUGUAUUUGUAUAUAUUGUAUGUAUAUAUUUUGUAAGUAUUCGUAACUUUGAAAUCCAUAUUUUCUAUCUUUAUUUUUAGGAUGUCUUUUUAUACGAUGAGUGUGUUCUGUUUUAACUCGUUUAUGUGCUUUGUAAUAAAAUAGGUAGCUCCCGGUAGAAAGUGCAUGCAGCUGCACACAGUCUACAUUGUGCUACCAGUUUCUGUUGUCACGAAUCACAAACCAAUCAUAUGCACAUUUGUGUGUGCCCUUGUGUGUUUGUGCACCUUUGUGGAUCAGAAUUAUUUUUUGGAAAUAUCUUUGUUCCCUAUUUUUCCUCCCUAUUAUAAACUAGAAGAAUCUGCUAUGCUUAUGUUUUAUGUGUAUGGACACACUUAAUUGAUGCUCUGAUUAAAGCAAUA